UCUCUUCCUGUGUGGGCGAGGCUUUGCAGCAGCUCCCUUCCUGAACAUGGCUGCCCUCGGGAGGCUCUUCUUCGUCUUCAGGAACGCAGUGAGAAAUCCUCGGUCUCUGAUAGCUGUAGCACGGCACCGUGCUGUUGGACCAGCUAUAGUGGGCUCUGUUCUCGGUACCGGGCUUAUCUAUUAUUACCAAUAUGUUCCUAACAGGACUCUGCCCUUUGCUGUCCAUGCCGAGGCCCCGAAAGAAGCCCCAGCUCCAGCAUUGUCUGCCAGGAAGGUUCGGUUCAUCCAGUUCGCCUCGGUUGUGUACGAGCAGGAGCCCUACAUGACCCCCAGAGACUUCCUGUUCUCUGUGAUGCUGGAGAAUGUCGACCGAAAGCUGCAGAAGAGAAGUUUAACCACACAAGAUGUUAACCGCAUGUUGGCCGCUGCCUCCAAAGCUCGGGCCGGUAAUGAACUGUUCAGAACAAUAGGAGACGAUGGUUUGAUAUCCUACACAGAGUACCUGUUCCUGCUGACCAUCCUGACCAAGCCGCACAUAGGAUUUCAUAUAGCUUUCAAAAUGCUUGAUAUUGACGGCAAUGAGCAGGUGGACAAAAAGGAAUUUCUCAAGCUGAAGAAAAUCAUUGGAACAAAUAAAAAGAGAGCUCCCAUUGAAGGCACAGAGAAACCAGUGGAAGAAGGGGAAGGUGUGAACACGACUCUGCAGGCCUACUUCUUUGGCAAGAAAGGAGAAAACAAGCUGCAGUAUCAGGACUUCCACGGGUUCAUGGUAGACCUGCAGGCUGAGGUCCAGGAGAUGGAGUUCCUGCAGUUCUCCAAAGGCAUGGACACCAUGAGGAGAGAAGACUUUGCAGAGUGGCUGCUACACUACACCAACGAAGAAGACAACGAGGUGUACUGGGAGAACAUGAGGAAGAGGAUCCCUGCUGGCCAGAGUAUCACCUUUGAUGAGUUCAAAGCCUUCUGUCUGUUCACCAACAAUCUGGAGGAUUUUGCCUUUUCAAUGAAACUGGUCUCUGGAACCAACCGUCCCGUUGGAAUGGCCCAGUUCAAACGAGCAGUGAGGAUCGCCACGGGCCAUGAUCUGUCGGACAAUGUUCUUGAUACUGUCUUCAAGCUGUUUGAUAUGGAUGGAGAUAACUGCCUGAGCCAUAAGGAGUUCAUGGGAGUGAUGAAUGACAGAAUACGGCGAGGCCUGAAGGUGCAGCACCAGAGUGGCUUCUCCGGCUACUGGAAAUGUGUGAAGCAAGAGACCCUGAAGGGAGCUAAGGAGGCCCUGGGGGACACCGGGUGCCCAAUCUGAACCACUAUGACGACCAUCACUCUUACCACUGGCCGCCUUCGUGUUGUAUGAUAAAAAAAAAGGGGUGUGAACAAUAUUUUUUCAGUAACCACAUUUCAAAAAAGGAUUUACACCACUAUCUUGUUUACAGAUCCAUUGUGUGAUAUUAGCUGUGGCUUGAGUGUUUACAAUAUUUAGUUUUUGUAUUUUCUGCCCACUGUGAUUAAUUAGGCAUGGUUUUUAUAUUUAGAAUAGCCAACCACUUUUGCACUCCCUCAGACUGGUUAAGGGGACUGAUGCCUUCUCAAGAUCUUAUACAAUAUCCGGUGUGGGGUUUUUCCGUGGUUUUUUGUGAAAUAUUUAUCAAAUAAAGGUUUACAAAAAUG